AUGACUAAGUCAACUAUAGCUUAUUCGAAUGACAAUUGGGAAAUACCAUUUGAAACAAUUACUCAUUUGGAGUGGCUUGGCUCAGGAUCUCAGGGAGCUGUAUUCAGUGGUCAGUUGAAUGAUCGUUUAGUGGCAGUAAAAAAAGUGAAAGACAGAUCGGAAACGGAAAUCAAACAUUUGCAACAUCUUAAUCAUGAAAAUCUCAUCAAAUUCAUAGGCGUUUGUACUCAAUCACCCUGUUUUUGCAUUGUAAUGGAAUACUGCGGUCAAGGACAACUUUAUGAAGUAAUUAGAAGUGGUCAACAUAUUGCGAAAGAUACGUUUGGCGAAUGGGCUCGUCAAAUUGCUGAUGGAAUGAAUUAUUUGCAUCAGAAACGCAUCAUACAUCGUGAUCUCAAAUCACCCAACAUUUUGGUUGAUGACAGUGACAUAUUAAAAAUUUGCGAUUUUGGUACAUCGCAUCAGUGGGAUAAGGAAAAAAGUAUGGUGAUGUCAUUUUGUGGUACUGCUGCUUGGAUGGCACCUGAGAUCAUCAAGAAAGAACCGUGCUCUGAAAAAGUCGAUAUUUGGAGCUUUGGAGUUGUAUUAUGGGAACUACUGACACAGGAAAUUCCAUACAAAGAUGUUGAUUCUAUGGCGAUUAUUUGGGGUGUUGGCUCAAACAAUUUGAGCUUACCAAUACCAGAUACUGCGCCUGAAGGAUUGAAAUUAUUACUGAAGCAAUGUUGGAGCAUCAAACCACAGAAUCGUCCUUCUUUCUCGCAAAUUUUAAAGCAUAUCGCAGUUUUUAAAAAUUUUGAGCUUCCCUUCAAAGUCUUUCCAAUGAAACUUUCAUUUCAGUCUGAAAUUGCAAACAUUUGUGAUAACGAAUGGUUAGAAAAAAAAGCAGGCUGGAAAGCAUACGUCAUUCAGUACAUGAAAGGGAUCCGGCAAGAGAAAACGUUGGCACAGAAGAAAGAUGCGCUUAAUAAUGAGCGUGAAUUACUUCGAAUGAGACGUGAAGAGUUAAAACAUGCACAAGAUAUUCGAGAAAUGUACGAAGACAAGUUGAGACGAGCAACUAAAAUUUAUUCGAAGUUGGAGCAGUGUUUGGAUGAUUUGGCAAUGCGUGAACGGGAAUUGUUAGAGCGCGAAAAAAAGUUUAGUGAACGUGAAAAAUAUGCUUAUAAUAUAGACCUUAAAACAAAUGUUUUGCCACCAAAAGGUAUGCCGAAAAGUCUUAAAAAUGCAGUCAUAUGUAUUCGACCUGAGCCGAAUGACACUGCAGGUGUGAUGAAACAAAGCAUUAAUGCUUGUAAUUCAAACCGUUGCUUAUCAUAUGAGGAACAAGAAGAAAUGUCUUUGUCUUCAUCGGAAGACAAUUACCACUCUGAAUACGUAUACCGGAAUUCAUCAACAAGGUGUUCUGCUAGUAGCAUAACGACGAGUGGAGCUUUUCCAUCAUCUCAAUCACUGAUCUUCAGUCGACAAAGUUCCGGUCGCAGUUCAUUAGGAUACAAUCGAAAGUUGAGUAAAACUUCACCUAGACGAAUGCUAACUUCAAGUUCAGAACAUAAUUUCUCUCAAGACUCAUCGAUCAGACGGUCCAGUUACUUUUGCAACAAUCAAGCUGAUCUUGUUCGUGGAUCUCCUGCUCGAAAUUCCGGUAUUUCGGAAGUUUCCUGUGACUCUGGUUUUCAUAAUUUAUAUGAUAUUGACUUUACAUCUGGAACUUCAACAAAUGCAAUAGUAUAUGAAUGUAGUUUCUGUGGACAACCGAUUAUUCCAACGAAAUUUUAUCGAAAUACGGAGGGACGUUGGUCGGAUGGACGUUUGACAUCACAAAGAAGGAAGAAUAGAAAGAAUACAACAGAUUCCCACCGAGAUUUAUUGCAACGGAUGACUCCUGUAUCAAAAGAGAAACGUUCGUCAUAUACGCGAUUACGUCAAUCAGUAGCAGAAUCUACGCUAAUCAAUGAUGGUGCAACAAGAAACACUUCACCAUCUGAAAAAAUUGACUCCCCAUCCGUUCAUUUACAAAAUAUAACUGUCAGCCACUCGACCAUAAAAAAAUCACGGGAAGCGGAAGUAUUUUUGGAUGAAGAAUGUAACGUGACCAUUCCGCCAUCAGCUACUUGCUAUCAGGAGAAAUUGAAAGAGAAAGAAGAUAGGUUGGUGGCAUCAGGUAAGCAGAUUGCACGUGACAAUGAAGAAGCAUGUGAACAAGACGAUAAGCUGAAAAAAGAAGUUUCCGAUGCUUCUGCAAAAGAAAGUUCUGAAGAGCAGGAUGAAAAUAACGGGAAUAUUUUAAACUCGUCGCUCGAUUCUCCAAGCGCCUCUUAUAUCAUUUUUCGGAAAUUUAGAAAUCCACAAAGCACAAAUGAUAGUGAAAGAUCAAGCUGUCUGCUUAUUACUUCCUCUUCAACAAUGGAAUCAUCAUUAGAACGAAGUUUAGAAAUGGCUGCCAUACAUUCCGAUGGUCUUUCUGACAAAGAACGACAGGUUCGUGCUGUCAAAAAUACAAUUCGAACACAUCGUAGGACAGCAAGUACUCCGUUAUCGAUACCAUCCGCGGUCUGUGAAACAAGUUCAGAAAGUGACGUGGAACAGAUUGUGCACUGCUAG